AUGAAUCUCUUAUCCAAAGUAAAAGCACGCUCUCUUCCAACAUGCAACUCUGCUCAAAGUCAGCCGUUCUGGGUUCUCGUUCUUUUCACUUGGGGUUCUCUCUUGGCUCUUAAGUUUGCUAUUGCCUUCUUCAAAUGGGUCUUCAUCAAUUUUCUCAUACCCGCUAAGAAUCUCAAGAAGUACAAGUUCUGGGCACUCGUUACCGAACCCACUAACGGUAUUGGCAAGGGUUUCACUUUUCAAUUGGCUCGUAAAGGGAAUAAUCUGAUCUUGGUGGGUCGGAAUCCAGACAAGCUCAAAGAUGUUUCGGAUUUGAUUCAAGCCAAGUAUGGUAAGACCCAGAUCAAGACCGUUGUUGUGGACUUUGCUGGCGAUCUUUUCGAGUGUGUUCGUAGAGUUAAUGAAGCCAUUGAAGGGUUGGAUGUUGGGGUUGUGAUCAACAAUGUUGGGAUGUCGUACCCGUAUGCCAGGUAUUUCCACGAAGUGGAUGAGGAGCUGCUGAAGAAUUUGAUUAAGAUCAAUGUUGAAGCCACCCCCAUGAUCAAGGUUGCGGAAGGUAUUGAAGAUCAAUUCUAUCAAGUCUCCCUCUCGAGUAAUUGA